UUUCUGACAAAUUUAUUCAACCAAUCAAAUCGUACGGCUGAAUAUUUGGUCAGAAACAGUAUAGUGCCCUUUCGCGCCGUUUCCUGCUACAAACUCCUAAAUAUUUGUUAUUUUGUGCAUGUCAACAAAGGUCAAAUUGAUUUACGGGACAGGAAUAUUUACCGUAUAUAAACCAAACGUUGAAUGACAUCAGGCUUAUAAACUUAGGUCACAUAUAUUCAUUAAAGCAGGCGAUACAGAUGCAGUAAACAAUAAAGUAUGAGUAGUAAAGCUAUUGGGAAGUCCACUAAGGUGGUCUAUCCGCCUGGCUGUAAAGAGAUCAAUGAAGAACUCAGUAAGGAUGAGUUAGUUAAGCGUCUCAAGUUAUUAGCAAGAGCAUUUCAAGAUAUGAGUCAAGAUGAAAAUGCACAGUUUUCAGGACUUGCAUUGAUGUUGGCUUCAGAAUUUUUCACAGAUCAUCAAAACAAAGAUGUUCGUCUGUUGGUUGCAUGUUGUAUUGCUGACGUGUUCCGUGUUUUUGCUCCCGAGGCUCCUUUCAACGACAACGACCAGUUAAAAGAAAUAUUUCUCUUUUUGAUCAAACAGCUACGUGGUUUAGAAGAUCCAGAAUCUCCCUCUUUUAAACGUUACUUUUAUCUAUUGGAGAAUUUGGCUUGGGUAAAAUCGUUUAAUAUUUGUAUAGAAUUAGAAGAUAAUCAGGAGAUAUUCCGUUCAUUAUUUAAACUGAUGUUUUCAAUUGUCAGUGAUAAGCAUUCGAAUAAAGUGAAGAAUUUUAUGUUGGAUAUGAUGGGACCUUUGAUAUCCGAAUCUGAUUCUGUUUCACCUGAAUUAUUAGAUACUAUAUUAAUCAAUGUCGUGGAACCACAGAAGUCACAGAAUAAAUGUGCUUAUAAUCUGGCAAAAGAUUUGUUGAGAAGAACGAGUAAUGCUAUAGAACCCUACAUACAAGCUUUCUUCAACAAUACAUUGAUGUUAGGAAAGACAUCUAAAAGUGAUGUGUCGAAUCAUCUGUAUGAUCUGAUAUAUGAGUUAAAUCAGAUAUCACCUAAUGUAUUACUGGCUGUUUUACCUCAGCUAGAGUUUAAACUCAAGAGUAAUGAGGAACCAGAAAGAAAGAAUGUUACUAAAUUGUUAGCUAAGAUGUUUUCUGAACCUGAAUCAAAUUUAGCCUCUCAAAAUAAGCCGCUGUGGAUAUGCUUUCUUGGAAGGUUUAAUGAUAUCAGUAUAUCAGUUCGAACUAUCUGUGUUCAAUAUGCUCAAUAUUUCUUUCUACAUCAUCCAGAAUUAACUAAAGAAAUAUUAGAGCAACUUAAAGUACGACAACAUGAUCAAGAAGAAACAGUACGAGUGGAAGUUGUUAAUUGUAUAUUAAAUGUUGCUAAGAAAGAUUUUGAUUGUUUGUCCAUGGAAAUGUUUGCAUUUAUUAAAGAAAGAACAAGAGAUAAAAAGUUUAAGAUACGUAGAGAUGCUUUGUUAGGUCUAGGUCAGAUGUAUAAACAUAUAAUGAGUCAAGAACCAAGAGAAGAACAUAAUGUAGCUAAAGUAGCAUGGAUUAGAGAUAAAGUCUUCCAUGCUUAUUAUCAACAAAGCAAUGAUGACAGAUUAUUAGUAGAGAGAAUAUUUAAUAUUUAUUUAGUACCAUACCAGAUAUUGGUACAAGAGAGAAUGCAGAGAUUGUUACAAUUAUACUGUCAAUUAGAUGAAAAUGCUGUCAAAGCAAUGAGAGAAAUGUUCAAACACAGAAGCAAUGCCCGUCUUAGUACAAUAUCUUUAUUAGAAGGCUAUGACCUUGCUGAUCAGCCCAAUGCUCCUGCUAUAUUACCCAGACUCACUGCCUUAGCCAGGUCUCUACCUGAACAACAAAAACCUCAAGAACAGUUGAAAAAGUUUAACUUAAUUCUACGUGAUGAUCGUAGGAUGAGAAAUCUGCUCAAAAUGAUUAUCUCCCCAGAAUGUACUUGUAAAAAAGCUGAAGAAAUAGUGAAAGAAGUCUUAAGAAAAUUGGGUUUUAAUUCUGGUGGACCCAAUCAUCUUUAUAAUAUGGUGAAAUCUUUAUUAGAGAGAAUAGCACCUGUGAUGAUUGAUACAGAAGCUAUUGAUGUAUUAGUUAAACAUAUAGAUGAUGUAAUUACUGGUAAAACAUCCCUAGAGGGUGGUAUAGAUAACACACCAGAAAAGGGAGUUAAUUUAUUAUUGGGUUUGUCUCAAGCUUUUCCACAUUAUUUCCGUACAGCUGAUGUAUUUGAAAGAUUUCUUUCUUUCUUAAAACAGGAUGAUGAUGUUGUUUGUGGUGUAACAUUACAGAUAUUAAAUCAUACUGGAGCUAGAAUACAAACCAUGCAUCCUAAUAUAUAUACGGAUAUGGUACCUGUAUUAGUGAGUAUAGCGAAGAUGGGUAAUCCUAAACAAACUAAACAUGCUAUACGUUGUAUCAGUACAAUAUGUGCUCAAAAUAAAGCCAGUGUAUUAGGACAGAUUUUCGAGCAUGUCAAGAAAAAUCUUCAUCCUGAUUCGGCAAAUUAUAUCAAUUCCAUCGUAGCACUUGGUCAUAUAGCACAACUUUGUCCAGAAGAAUUUGGUGGUGAAAUGAAAAAUAUAGUAUCAAAGAUAAUUGUAAAAGAUUUAAUGAUGCAUGAUAGAACAAGUGGACCUGAAACUGAUGAAAGUUGGUAUGCUGAUCAUUUAGUUACAGAAGAAACACAAGCUAAGAUUCAAGCAUUAAAGUUAUUAGUGCGAUGGUUAAAAGGAUUAAAAAAUAACUCGUUUAAUUCUGGCACAUUAUCUACAUUACGAUUACUUUAUACUGUUAUCAUACAUGAUGGAGAUCUCAUGGAAAACGGAAAUAUCAAUAAACCAGAAUUGGCUAGAUUACGGUUACAAGCAGGUUGUUGUAUGUUAAAACUAGCUGAAGAACCAGGAUAUGCUGAAAUGGUGACAUCUGAACAAUUUCUGGCUUUGGCUUUACUUAUUAUAGAUAGUUGUUAUAAUGUGAGAUUAAAGUUUGCUGCCAAGUUACAUAAAGGAUUAUUAUUAAUGAAACUACCCCUGGAGUAUAUGAGUAUAUUUUCUCUAGGAGCUAAUGAUCCUUUAAAAGAAAGACGUGUACAAUUGAAACAGUUUUUACAUAUCAAUGUUCAGAAAAGACGUGAAUAUUUAAAACAUCCAGGGCUCCGAAAAACUACACAAUUGAUGACAACUAUAUUACCAGAUUAUGUUUUACCAUAUACCAUCCAUCUUCUAGCUCAUGAUCCUGAUCUUAAAACAUUCGAUAAUAGAGAUGCACUAAAGAAUAUCAAAGAAUGCCUGUAUUUUAUUAUGGAACCUUUAAUAGGAAGGGCAGAGGACUAUAAUUAUGCCUUUUUACGUAAAAUGAUUGAAAAUAUUAAACAAACAAAAGAUGCCAUGGGUCCAGAUAAUGAAAAUCUCAAUAAGAAAUUAUAUGCAGUUUGUGAUGUAGCUCUUGGUAUUAUGUUGAGUAAAACUAACAUAACGUUAAAAGAUUGUACGUUUGAACCUCAGUUACCAUCUAAACUAUUUACUACCAUGGAUAAGGAUUAUUCCAACACAAAAAGUUAUUUACCCAAAGAUUUUAAUUUUGAUGCUCCUAAGAGAAAAGGCAUACAGGCAUUGAUAGAUGGUCCAUCCAAAUCUAAUUCAGCUAAACUAUAUACCACAACAGAAAUUAUUGUAGAAAGUCCAGCACCAGUUAUAAAUCGAAAUCCAAAAUCACCCCGAACAAAACGAGAGAAGAAAGUCACUGAGAAAAAAACAGAUAAAGGUAAAGAGAAUAUCAAAAAAGAUGAUGCAGACUUGCUAACAGAAGAUGAAGAAUCGCGGAAUGAUUCUAUAACCAGUGAAUCAGAGGAAAGUAGAAAUUCCAGUCCAGAAAUACAAGUUCAAAAAUCUCGCAAAACAAAACAAACAAAGACUGCUUCCGCUUCGUCGAGUGAAACGACAAACAAUAAUAACGUUAAAGCAGGAACUAAACAAACAAAAAUGGAUGAUUUCAGUUCGGCAGGCGCGUCGUCUAAACCAUCUAAAUCGCUAGUCAAUGGCAGUACUAAAGACACUAAAGGUGGUAAAAAAACAAAAACUGUUAAUACAAGUGAUAGUGAAAGCAGUAAUCUGAGUGGAUCAACACGGAAACGACAGGCAAGUUCAGAUGAAGAAACACCAGUGAAGAGAACACGAAGAGGGGAAGAAACAGAUAAAUCACGAACAGCAGCAAAAACUCAAGUGGUUAAAAAUGUCAGUCCAGAAUUAAGUGGUAGUGAUUCUGAGAGCGGUCCAUCAACAAGGGGAUCAUCACGGAAACGGGCUGUAUCCCCACCUCCCCAAAAAUCAUUACCCCCUAAAAAAUCCCGAGUGACACGAAAAACUGUUAGAGACAGCAGUGAAAGUUCCGAGAUACUACCAUCUCCUUCCAGUGAUAUUCUGGACUCAUCACCAGUAAAGAGUGAUACCAGAAGAUCUAGAUCUACACCUACCAAUACUGUUACCAAGAAAAAUACACGCUACGUACGUAAAGCGAAGACUAACGGUACAUCUGAUGGUGAAGAUGCCAAUACUCCAGAAACCGACAGUCAGUCUUCACUUUCCCCUCGUAAAAUAGCCAUCUUAAAACAAGCCAUGGAAACUGGUGACAUGGACUCACAACCUACUAUCAAAAGGCAAACAAGAGGAAGGAAAAAAUGAAAAGAAAGUUAAAAAAUAAAUUAAGACAGACUGUUUAGUAAUGGCAGCUUGACACAUAUUAUUUCAAAAUAAUUUAAUGCUGCUUCAUGGUUAAUGAUUGAAUUCUCCACCAUCUAAAUGCGGAAAACAAAAAUAUUGUUUAUGUGAAAAUUUAAUACAUGGAGAGCAGUUUCCUGGUUAAAAUUUACUUGAAGAGUUGCUUUCCUUGAAUUAUUAAGUAGAAUAGAUGAUGGUGUUACUUAUAAUUCUUAAGAUAAACAUUAAAAAUGACUAGAAACAUCUGAUGAAAUAAUAACCUUUAAUUGUCCUACCAUAUCGAGGUAAUUAAAUGUGUUGAUUUAAAUGAUAAUCGGUCAGAAUUUGUUGGCAGUUAUUAACCUUAAAAGAAUUGUUCAACAGUUUGUAUAGUGUAUUUAAACUAAAUGUACAUGAUAUUGUCAUUCAUUCAUCACUGUAUUCACACAUUUAAACAUCUGUUAUUAUUGUAUUAUUAUUUGGACUCGUUUAAUUUGUAUAUAGAAAUGAACAUGUUGGUUGCAUUCUUACUGUAGAUUCUAAUGUAAAUAUUUUAGCAAUUAUGUUGACUCAAUCCUGUGUCUUUUCCCUCUACCCCUUUUCCUUCUCUAAAAGAUGCAUUAUGUAAGAGCUAAAUCUGUCUAUUGUAGACCUUUCGUUUGGCCUCAGAUGUUAUAUAAAUCAGUAAUUAGACAUUUACAUGCCAAGCCUAUAAUCAACUCUAGAAAAUCUGAUGGUUGUGAUUUUCAACGGAUUUAAACACGAUCGCCAGUUAAUAAUUUAAUUAGAAAGUGGAUAAUCAAGACUACACUAUUCUUAAAUGUUGAAUAUAUUCCCUUUUCAUUAUCUAUUUUAUAACUAUUAUAGCCAGAUCUGUCCGCUUUUCAUUGAAGUCGUACAUAAUGCAUCUUUAACAUGUUAGUGAAAUGAAUAGGCUGCAAAUUGCUACAUUUUGUUAGAAAAAUCUCUUGCCAUUGUCAUGAUAACUAAAUACAAUUAUAAUAGACUUGUUUCAAUAUUUCAACAAUACGAUAGUUCAAAGCACGCAUAUUCACACAACAAUGACUAUUUCAGUUACUUUCAACAAAUUUUAUAAUAAAUUCAGUGCAGAACAAAUGUAAUUUUAUUGUAAGGUAAAAAUAUGGAGAUUUUAAAUGCUACAAAAAGCGGUGUCAGAUUGCAUUCUCUGAAGUAGGUUUUGUUAAACGAGGCAUUACCACUUCAACCAAGAAAAUAAAUAUAAUUAGAUUUAAAAUGAUUUUAAAACUUGUCAAAUUAUCGACAAUUGAAGUAGCUGAACUAUAUAAAACUCACACAUCUGUAUUUUAGAAAUGGAAAGUCACUGUACUUGAAUAAUACAAUAGAAGUGUAACUAGUUAAUUUUACUAACAGAACUAUCAAAUAUCCACAAACUUCAGGUUCUGCUUAAAACAAUAAAUGAAUUGGAUUGCAAUAAUUUUCUUUUCUUUUUAAUCUUUUUAUAAUGUCGAAAUUUAAACAUCAUAUCUGAAAUACAUUUUAAGUUAUCGAAACAUGAAAAUUAAUGUUAGAACAGUGUAUUGUUAUAAAGAGACAAUGAUCAAUAAGUGCUGUAUUUUGUUUUAUAUAUAUAUAUAUAUAUAUAUAUUGUGUAUAGAUCAUCAUCACAAUGGUUUUAUUACAUCAUCCAUUGUUUCACUUCAAUAUCAUCUCUCAUUGAAGACCAAAAAAAAAAAUCACAUUUAUCUUAUCAUCCAUGUUAAUUUAAAAAAAAAAAAAGUUGUGUGUAUCAUUUAUAGGUGGGGAACAAAAUUAUGUGAACAUCACUAGUUUCUUUUCUGUACCAGUAUUAUUUUUAUACCACCAUCAAAAAAUGGUGUGGUCGCAUAUUAUAGUCAUUCCCGUCAGUAAUGAAAAAGUAAAGAUCAUUCAACAAGUUAGUGCUCUUGUUCUUAAAGCUCUUAGUGAGCUCUAGAGAAUUGAGAAGACAAUUUUACUGCGACAUUUCACUCAUCCCAUUUUAGCUUUUAAGAACUUUCGGUGUAACGGUUUGUCCAACAGAGUUAUUGCCCUUGACACUUAAACACACAAUCUGUGAAACCCACUAAACUGGAAAUAUUUGCUUAAGAUAAAAAAAGAAUAAAUGUAGAUGUCAAAACUACUGGCUGAUGUAUCAUUGUUUCCUGGCAACUUAGUUUUUUGCAAACAUAUCUGCUGAUGAAGCCUUUUUCAAAAAGAAUAUGCCAGUUUAUAUCUGUUUUAUGUCUUCUAAUCAUGUUCAAGUUGCCCACCAUUUUAUUUUAGUUUGAAUAAUGAAGUUCAUAUAGUUUAUGAUUUUUUGAACUGUUUUUGUUUUUCAUUUUCUUCUGAGAAUAAAAGCUAUGCUUGGUUGUGAACCAGACUUACGGAAAAUUUGAAAUAAAUUGUUUUCCCACAUGA